AUGACCCACUCAAUCACUUCAACCGCCCCGACCAAUCCACCCGGCUCGACAUCUUAUUACAAACCCCCAAUCUUCUCUCUCCCACACGAAAUCAUCUCCACAAUUCUUACUCAUAUUCCGGAUCGAUACAAAAACCGCACUGUCAAGUCGUUAGAACUAGCUCUACCAGGGUACACUGUAACGAGUAAGGAGAAAUAUGGAUGUGUGGUCCUUGAAUCGAUCCAUUCGAUACAAGAGAUUAGGAAAUUGUGGAGAGAGAUGAAAAAUGAAGGUGAAUGGGUCAAGACAUUUGGGUUGGAAUCAUGGCAAUGUGAUCCUGACCUUUUAAACAAUGCUCUACGAUGCUGUCCCAACAUCGACAUGAUAAUGCUUAAUAUCGGAACUGAUUUCGGACCUGAUCAUCUGGCUGAAAUGUUUCAAGAACCUAGAAAUUUGAGGAGGAUGGAACUUCGGUUUAGGUUAUAUGUGGAGAGAGCUACUUAUUUACAGUUUUUGUCUGGAAUCUACUUCGACACCGCCAUAGAGGUUUUAUCUCGUUGGCCCGCUUGCCCCAGUUUCACCCACUUAUCUCUCGUCGAAGAUCCCCCUCCGCGCCAGAACUCAUCUCAUACCGAUUCAUCUUCACUCGUCACUUCUCUCACUGACCUGACACUUGACCCAUCACCCAUCCUCAAGCCUGAUGAUCGGAGCACGAAUCCGUCAAAUUCUUCUACCGGUCUGGGAGCGAAGAGUAUUACCACCUCUUCUCAACACACCUUUCUCCCAACAAAAACCAACUCGAAUUCUGAAACUUAUACCGGUCACGGUCCCAUUCCUUAUCUCUCCGAAAGACUCGCAUGGGUAAAACCUGAUUCUUUCGCCCAGCCUAUCGUAUUUUUCAACUUUAAAUGUCUCUCCCUUCUCGGUUCUUCACCCAUCGCAUCUAAUCUCACUCAUCUUCGUCUUCGAAUCCCCUCAAGAGACCUAGCACCUGUACUCAUUUCUCAAACUCAACCCGUUUUCCCUUCCUUACGAUAUCUAGAUAUCUCUACCACCAACAUGCGUCUAGGUACGACUUUGAUCAAACUUCUCAAAAGUCAUCCUUUCUUAGAACAUUUGGUCUUGGACAGAGUAAAUCUGUUCGGCUUCAAAGCUCGUGAGAAAGGUGCGGAGAUGUGUGCGGAAUUGGCGGGAUGUAUCAUCAGCGCGUGUGUACAAAGAGGGAAAGAGAAAGAUCAAGAAAUUGCUGCUUGGGAUUUUGCAGAACGAUCUAGAAUCGCAGCGGUCGAAGCUAGGAUUAGAGCUGAAUCUUCCAGACGGAGAAAUGAAGAAGAGGAGAAUGCAAGAUUAGAACGUGAACGUUUAUUAGCAGUGGCAAGAUCAAGAAGGGGACAUCGAUCAGCCGCUCAAUCAACUUUUUCAUUACGAGAUCGUCCGCUCAGAACCAACACCAUAUCUCAAUCACAAUCACAAAUACAAGUACCUCCAAGUGAUAGGAUAUACAUCGUUUUACCUCCUUUACCAAGUAUGAAAUCCAUUUCCAUUGGUGGAGAAGCACAAGGUGUAGCAACGGUCAAAGUUAAACACUGGGAAAGUUCAUUUCAAGAAGAAUGGAGAUUAGGUUUAGAGCGAUUAUUGAACUGGGCUAUACAUCAAGGUGAAAGGUAUGAAAGAGCUAUGAAGCAAGUGAGAGAGUAUGAAAAGAUUAUCUCUUCGACGAAGGGAAGUGGGAAUGGGAAUGGUAAACAAAAAAACAAAGACAAGGGGAAAGGGUUGAAACCAAGGAUGAACGUGAGAUUGUUUAGAUUUCCAUUUCCAGGAGAAUUCGAUGCCGAUCAGAAGAACAAAAUCUUCGCACACGAUGAAAGAAAUGACGAUAGAGUGUCUAGAGUUGAAAAUGAUAUCAAUGAGAUUAAGAUUGAAAAUAAAGAGAAGAUAGAGUUGGAAAUUCCAUUAAAAGGUCUGAUCGAAAUAAAUCCAAUAGAAAAAGAAUAUCUUGAACCUUAUCGUCUUUAUCUUUCUCAAGCUCAAUUAUAUCAAAGUGAUACUUUACAAGGUAUAUCAACUAAACCGAAAUGCGUUUUGUGUACUGUACCGGAUUGCGAAGGACCGCUGAGGAGAGGCGCGGAAGGUGAAAGAUUAGAUGGGAGAGGUGGGAUGGAAGGGAAACAUGUGGUUGGUUGUGGACAUGAAAUAGGUAGAAAAGUUUGGGGAUGGGGAGAGUAG